AUGAGAAACCCAAUCCAGGCGCUCCUCCUCUGUGCACUGCCCCUGAUUCAAAGAGUAGCCAGCUGGUCGGACGAACCGCACAUGCUCAUAGCGUACAUCGCAUACGAGAACUUAAACGACAAUGAAAAGGCAACCAUCGAUCGAAUCUUCGCACACAGUCACGAUAAAGAUUUUGAUAACAUCAUAAGUGCAGCAACAUGGCCAGAUCACAUAAAAACUCCGGACCCCAGGAGAUCCCAUCAUUCAUUCCCAUUCGAAAGAAGCGAAAUUCUAGAUAUCUUUAACGACUGGCAUUAUGUAAAAACGCCUUACAAUCCCACGAAGGUGCAUUUGCCUCCCAAGCAUUUGUAUGGCCAUAAGGGGAAGCAUAACGCAGCAGGAAUUACCAAGCAUAUUUACAGGACCUUGGUCAGCAUUAAGAAGAAGCCCAAGUAUGGUUCCUACUAUUCCUAUAAUUUCUACUUAAAGUAUUUCAUCCAUUUAUUUGCUGACAUUCACCAGCCAUUGCAUACGCUUAAUUUUUUUAAUGGGCAUUUAAUUAAUGGAGACAAGGGAGGAAAUGACAUUACAGUGACGUAUGGAGGCCUCAACGGAAAUAUACAUUACCUAUGCGAUAGUAUCUUUAACUCUAGGAGGAAAAAGUGGCCCACUGUAGACGUACAAAAACUUAAGAGGGAUGCUACCACCUUGAUGAAUUCUUUCCCUGCUCAUGCAUUUAGGAGCCAGCUAAGAAUCCCCAGAGACAAAAUUGCAUACAUAGACACCAUUGUGCACCAGGCCUACGAGUUGGCUCUCGAAUAUGUUUAUAAUAAAUUACCCAUGCAUGAUUUAUCAAAAGACAAAAUAUUUCCCGUUAGUAAAAUGUUCGUGACGCAGCUGAAGAAUGUGCUCAACCAUCAGAUGGUUUUGGCUGGCUACAGGUUGGCGCAGUAUUUAAAGGACAUCCUCGAAAAUGUUCCCGACGAUUUGAAGGGUCAAGACAAUUCUGCAGAUAUCCAGCACAGUGGCGGCCGCUCGAGUCUAGAGGGCCCGCGGUUCGAAGGUAAGCCUAUCCCUAACCCUCUCCUCGGUCUCGAUUCUACGCGUACCGGUCAUCAUCACCAUCACCAUUGA